CCACGCAGCACUAGUGACCUCACCCUUUGGAAAUCCCACGCGCCAGAUUUCCCCGACCAGCAAUGGUCGUCGUCUUUUUAAAGUUUUAAUCGACGUUGAAAGAGAGAAGUAAUUUAAAAGCGACUGAAAUGGAUCUCCCAGAUGCGACACAGACGAGGUCUGAAGGCAUCGGAGGGUCGGCGAUGGAGAGCGUAGGAAGAGAUAUGAAGCCGGAGAUUGCUACGGCGACGGCUCCUAUGAAGCGGGAAGAGGAGGAGGAGGAGUUUGGCGGCACUCUUGGUCUUGCUCUCUGUGGAGGCGAUGGCAACAACAGUACUUCUGCAAUGAAUAACCCUAGCGCCAGCGCUCAGCUCACCAUUUUCUACAAUGGAUCUGUGAACGUAUUUGAUGCUGUUCCUCCAGAGAAGGCGCAAGCGAUCAUGCUUAUAGCUGCUGCGGCCGCAGCAGCAGCGGCUUCCUCUGGAAACAACACGAGCGUGAGUAGGGUUCCGGCCGUGGUUGGCCCAAACACAGCUGCCGCUGCUUCGCCUGCUCUAACGAGGUCUCUUUCACAGCAGAGCUCUUCAACAGCUGCUUCUUCUCAGCCACCUCAGCUUCUCACAAAAUCUUCUCCGUAUCUUUGCAAGCUUCAAACUGAGCUCCCAGUAGCGCGGAGACACUCGCUCCAGCGAUUCCUUGAGAAGCGCCGGGACAGGUUUGUGAGCAAAGGUCCUUACGAUUCAGGAAAGAAUUUUGAAAGCUUGGAAGUCAGUGUAGACGCGAAGUCUGAACACAAUUGACUUGCUGCAGUCGACUCUGCUGUAGCAGAAUAGAAACCCCAUGGUUUAUGAAUAUGUUGAUGUUAUCGUACUCCUAGAUAAAUCCCACAUCUGCGCGCUUUGUAUUUCGUGCGAUUUUAUUUCAAUGUAAUUGAACACAGUGAUAUGGAGAGUUGACAUGUCUUCCAUGUUUGGCUUAUGUUGUCUGUGGCAUGAUUGAUCACUUUUACCCUGCAAUCCAUUAACUAUGUCUGUGUUACGUUUCUAAAUGUUAUUUAUCUUAUUGCAAUUUAAAUUGUGUUA